AUGGAUAGAUACACCCGAGUCGAAAAACCAAAGCCUGAGUCUCCCAUUAACGAGAAUGAGAUCCGUAUCACUUCUGGUGGCCCCGUCCGUAACUAUAUCAGCUAUGCCACUUCUCUUCUCCAGGAGAAACAUGUUAAGGAGAUUGUCUUGAAAGCCAUGGGACAGGCAAUCAGCAAGACAGUAUCUGUAGCUGAAAAUAUAAAGGUGGGCCUGCCUUUCAAACUGAUAUUUUUGAAUCACCAGUAUCUUUCCCCCUGCUCCCCUCUCCCUGUAAAGAAACAUGUGGAACUAACUAGCUGUGUUUACCCUAAUACAGCGGAGAAAUCCUCGUUUGCACCAAGAUACUGCCAUCAGCUCAACACGCCAGGUCUCAAUGAUUACAAUCACCUUAUCUUUCAGAGAGCUGAACAAAAUGUCUCCCGGACUCAUAUGGCCGGGGACGUGGUAGAGGGAGAGGACGGAACUGGGGCCGGGGUGGAUAUGGAUAUGGAAACUAUCAGGGUAGCUAUCAAGGAAACUAUCAGGGAAAUUACCAAGGGGGCUAUCAGGGAAACUAUCAAGAAUAACCCUCAAUUCACACUUUCUCCAAUAGAUAAUGGUGGUUACUCAAAUUGGGGCCGUGGUGGGGGACGAGGCAGGAGUUGGGGUUAUCGUGGAACUGGAUAUGAGAGAGGCAGAGGGGGAGGGGGCAGGGGUGGAGGCGGAGGGGGCAGAGGCUAUGGCCGUGGUCGUGGUCGUGGAAGGAUGGGCAAUCACCCCAGGGGUGGUGGCGGCAACCAAGCUUAA